AUGGCAACAAUCAAAAUACCGGAGCAAAAAGUGAUCCUUUGUGGUGAAUAUGGGGUUGGCAAAAGCUCGAUUUUUCGCAGAUUUACGAACAAUACUUUUGUGACAGCGACUGAUAGGAAGUCCACUCUAGGGCUCGACCACUACUCGAAAACGUACCGCGUUUGCGAUAGGGAUUUAAAGUUGCAAUUGUGGGACACUGGAGGGAUGGAAAGGGUGGCGUCAAUAACCUCGAGUUACUACAAAUUUGCAGAGGCGGCAGUUCUGGUUUUUGCCCUCGACAAUCCUGCUUCGUUUCAUGUCUUGUCCCAGCACCUCCUCGAUAUCGUUACCUACGCUGAGAACGCAAAGAUUUUUUUGUGUGGAAAUAAAGCUGACUUGUUGAGUGAUGUUCCUCAAAUAACAGAUUCGGAAAUUGAAGCGUUUUGUGAACAGUGUCAUAACUUAAUCACUGGGACGUACAAAACUUCGUGUAAGACGGGAGAGGGGAUUGAAGAAAUGUUUACUGAUAUUGCAUAUCAACUGGUGCAGUCAAAUAGGUCCAGACUUGAAUUGCAAUCAAUGGAACAACAUGGGUUUAAAAUCACACCCACGGAAGAGAUUCCUGAAGAUUCGUGUUUGUGUUAAUUCGCUUUAAAUGAAGAACGUCCUUUUAACUGUGAUUAUAUUUUACAAAAGUCUCAUUAGAGUAGUUGACUCCUUUUAAUGUAUUUUGCACCAGGCUUGUUUGCACUUUGCUUGUUAAUUUGUAGUGCCAAAGAAAAGUCUGAAUUUGGAUAUUUGUAAGGAUGGAAUUGUACAACGAUUUUUUUUAUUAAAACAAUAAACACUUC